CUCCAUAUUCACUUUUACAGGCAACAGAAUUACACCCGACGUCGUUUUUUCUGUAGCUCAAUACUUCAACAUCCUCCAAUUAGGUUUAGCCAUUUUGUAUCCGAUGGCCAUCAGUUUGGGAGCGGAAUCUCUGAUUUCAAUAGAUCGCCUGCAAGAGUUUCUAAUUUUGGAGGAAAGACAAUUGGCAGAAAUUGAAGAGAUUAGGGAGCAUGGAAUACAGUUUAGUGACGUAUCUGCUUCCUGGACAGAAAAUGAAAAUACUUUGAAGAAAAUUUCUCUCCAAAUACCUCCGGGUACAUUGUGUGCCAUUGUUGGACCGGUUGGAGCAGGAAAGAGCUCUCUUCUACAGGUUUUGCUUGGUGAGUUACCUGUCAAAUCAGGAAAAGUAGCUCUUGGUGGGGAAAUAUCUUAUUCGUCGCAAAAACCAUGGUUAUUCCAAUCCACAAUAAGAAAUAAUAUACUUUUCGGUCAACCCUAUAACAAAUUUUGGUAUGAAAAAGUUAUUGACGUUUGUGCUCUUCAAAAAGACUUGGAACAGUUUCCUCAAAGAGACAAAACAGUAGUGGGAGAAAGAGGUGUAUCUUUGAGUGGAGGGCAGAGAGCGAGAAUCAAUCUCGCCAGAGCCAUCUAUCGACAAGCAGAUAUUUAUCUUUUGGAUGACCCUCUUUCAGCCGUCGAUACCCAUGUUGGGAGACAUCUUUUUGAUGAAUGCAUUCAUAAACAUUUGAAGGGCAGAACUAGAAUAAUAGUAACUCAUCAGUUACAGUAUCUGAAAAAGGCUAAUUUGAUAGUUGUUAUUAACAAUGGUCAAAUCGAAGCACAAGGGACUUUUGAAGAACUUUCAAAUAGUCAAUUAGACUUCACAAAGUUAUUAAUAGCUGCUGAUGAGUCUAUUCGAAAUGAUAAAACAGAUCCAGAUGAAGAAAUUGAAGAUCUAGUUGCCAAUGCAACAAAUUUCAGAAAAGAAUCAAUUCUCUCCGUUACAAGUAGUAUCUACUCCAAUAAUAUGGAUAUAACUUAUACGGCUCCAACUAAUGAAGAGGAAACAACUUCCGAUCCUAAUGCUUCUCCGUUCUUCCAAUAUUUGAAAGCUACAAACAGCCUGUGUUUGGUAUUCACACUCAUAUUCUUUCUAUUUCUGGCUCAAGCUGCAUCAACUGUAACAGAUUACUUUGUAGCAUUUUGGACCGAGCAAGAAAAUGUCAGGUAUUCAAAUAACUCAAUUAUAGUCCAGACACAACUUGCAUCGACAAUAACGAAAGUUAACCAUUUAGAAGAUCGGGGCAUGUCUCUUUACUAUUACAAUCAUUCAAAAGAAAUAAAUCUAUCAACAGAAAGACAUAUUUUCUCACAAGAUGAUCUCUUUGAUAAAGUACAACUGAACGAUACAAUUUAUAAUCUCUUGAAAACAACGUAUGCCAUGUAUUUGUAUGGAGCUUUGGUUUUGGCAGCUAUAAUAUUGACUAUUACUAGAUCAUUAUUGAUGUACAAAGUAUGCAUGUUAUCAUCCAAAAACUUGCACGCAACCAUGUUUCACGUUCUUUUGACAGCACCAAUGAGAUUUUUUGAUGAAAAUCCAAGUGGAAGAAUUUUGAAUAGAUUUUCAAAAGAUAUGGGAGCAAUUGAUGAAAUUCUACCCAGAGUUCUCAUGGAUGCUACACAGAUAACAAUGAUUAUAUGUGGUAUCGUUGUUAAUGUUGGGUUAUCCAAUCCAUACAUAACUAUAGCGAUGGCAAUAGUUGGAGCACUUUUCUGGCAAAUACGUAAAUGGUAUAUAUCUUCGUCAAGAAUUCUCAAACUAAUAGAAGGAGCAACCAAAUCGCCGGUAUUUACUCAUAUUACUUCAACUUUGAAUGGUAUACCGACUAUAAGAGCUUCGAAAGCGGAACAAGUUCUAAUUGACGAGUUUGAUGACCAUCAAGAUGUUCACACUUCAGCAUGGUUUAUGACAAUAGCAUCCAUAGACUUUUUUGGCUUGUGGUUAGAUAUUCUAUGUUUGAUUUUUAUUGCAUGCGUCACUUUCAGCUUCGUUGUAAUGCAAAGUUAUUCCGCUGUCAGUGGGAGUUUCGUAGGUUUAGCUGUAACCCAAUCUCUGACACUAUGCGGUAUGUUACAAUUUGGUAUGAGACAAACAGCAGAAGUUGUCAAUCAGCUCACUAGUGUUGAGAGAGUUCUUCAGUACACCAAAAUAAAAAGUGAAAAGCCUUUCGAAACUCCAAAAGAUAAAAUGCCACCAAAAACUUGGCCAAGUAUGGGAAAAAUUGAGUUCCGUGAUCUCUCUCUGAAAUAUGUGAAUGAAGAACCACCAGUUUUAAAGAAUUUAGAGUUUACCGUGCAACCAGGAGAAAAGAUUGGAAUAGUUGGUCGAACAGGUGCGGGAAAAUCAUCUCUUAUAUCAGCCUUAUUUCGCCUGGCGCCAAUAGAAGGAUCAGUGCUCAUUGAUGAUGUGGACACUAAAAAUCUGGGAUUCAUAGAUUUGAGACGAUCUAUUUCUAUCAUACCUCAAGAACCAUCACUCUUUGCAGCAACUAUGAGAUACAAUUUGGAUCCUUUCAAUGAGUUCGAUGAUGCCAAACUCUGGAAGGCACUAGAAGAAGUAGAGCUGAAAGACGCUAUGGAUACAUUAGAUUUUUCUGUGGCUGAAGGAGGAGCUAAUUUCAGUUUAGGACAAAGGCAGUUGGUAUGUUUGGCUAGAGCUACUUUGAGAAAAAACAAGAUAUUGAUAAUGGAUGAAGCCACCGCAAACGUUGAUCCAAGGACUGAUGCCUUUAUCCAAGAAGCUAUACGAAAGAAAUUUAAGGACUGCACUGUUCUCACUAUAGCACACAGACUCAAUACCAUUAUGGAUUCUGAUCGAGUGUUAACAAUGAGUUUUGGAAGCAUGGUGGAAUUUGAUCAUCCAUACAAGUUGUUACAAAUUCCAGACGGAUAUUUCCACAAAAUGGUACUGGAAACAGGGCCAGUGAUGUAUGCUCAACUCAGUGAUAUGGCACUGGAUUCUUAUAACAAAAAACAUAACUAGUCAGUACCAAUGAGAUGAGCGGAAUGAAGUCCAUUUAAAGGCCAGCGAACGAUGUCAUGGAAGAAAAUUAGCAUAUUGUUUGGAAAAUGUUCAAGUGACAUCUUAUUUUAUUUAUCUCAUGUGAUAAAAUUAUAAAGGUGAAAAGUGAUAUGAUUUCAACAACUGUCUUUGAAUUCGCAAUAAAUAUAUGUAAAUACCA